CUCUGCCUGCGGCGCUACGGCUACGACUCCAACCUCUUCUCCUUCGAGAGUGGCCGCCGGUGUCAGACAGGCCAGGCUCCAACCCAGGUCCCUUCUUGGAGACAUGCAUCACACAACCCACAGGAGAGAGCCAGGGCUCCUGGGCCAGAGCCCGUGGACAGAAGCAAGCAGCGACUCCUCCCUCUGCUACUGCAGUUUCAAGGAUCCCUGUUGCCCCCUAAGUAGGAGCAAACUUUUUUCUGAGCACCCAGCGUCUGAGGCAGGAGACUCUGGCUGCCAGGGGGCUGGGAGGCUCGGGGAGCAAGACUCCUGAGUCCUUGACGUGCAAGGGCCCACAAAGGCGUCCGUCUCUGCCCCGAGUCUCCUGUGGUGGUGGGUGUGAUGGUCUCUCCCUGCAGCACAGCUCAGGGGCUUCGGGCUGUUCCGUGAGGUCGGGGCCAGAGGCAGCCAUGGCUCUUGGCGGGAGUGGCGUGUCGGGGCUUGUCUUUCGGGAUGCAGACGUAAGCUCUGCCAAGGAAUCCUGCCUGGGGUUGUGGUGACUGCUGUUCAGGAUUGUGCCUGUGCAGUGGCUCUCUGAGUGAGGCUUCCGGCAAGGCAGCCCCGGGGGUUGUCUGCAGGAGGAGCCUUUCCCCCUGUGUCUCGUGUACCCUUAGCACGCCUCACGCAGGGGCAGGCAGUAUGGGCUGAGGCGAGAAAGGUGAGGCUGCUCUAGGCCCCAACACAGGAUUCUUCUGAAACUCCAGACCGCUCCGGUCUUUUCCAACCCUUGACAUAUGGGGGUACUUCAAGAAGUUCACAGGAAAUGGAGUUGAAGACAGAAGUGCAGGUGCCACCCUCGACUCUGGCCAGCGUGGCCCUUUUACCCAACGUCAUUCUCUCACCUCGGCCUGACAGUCUGUGUGGUGGACAUGUGCACCUGCACACCCCAGAGAGCCUUCUCUGAGCCCCAGGUCCCCUGUUAGAGCAGGGGGCGCAGGGUCCCACACCAGGCCAAGAGCCCAGGACACACUUGGCCCGCUGCGUGCCAGAUACUCAGCUUCCAGGACCUGGAACUGGCAGGGCCGGGAGGCUGGCUGCCCCGAGAACUUCCCUGUGUGCCUCCCAGCGCCCCUCCCCUUCCACACCAGAGUCCACGUUCUGUGAGGCCAUAGGCCUGGACAUGGAGGGGAGGGUGGGGGGGGCACAUUCCCUCUGGCCAGGCACUGGGCCAAAUACCCGGUGAACAGGGGGUGAGCAGGACAGACCUCCUGCCCUCGGAGAGCUCAGAGGCCAUGGGGUGUCGGGCCAAGGGCUGAUACCCCAGCUGGGCGGGGCUUGUCUUUCUGGGCAUGGGCGUGGGGUCCAGCGUGUCUGGUGGAAUCGUCCCACAUCCGGCGUUCUCCUGUGCCUCCUGGGCAUUUAUUCUCUCCCCAUCGCCCUGAACGCCCUUGUCCUUGUGCGAAAAAGCACAGCCGAAGUGGGCAUUCAUUCAUAAGACGGGGGCAGUGGACCGUGUGGGCGUGGGCAUGGGCGUGGGCAGCGUCCCCAGUGCUCUUGCAUUCUGCAGGAUACCGGGAAGAAUACUCAGGGUGGGAGAUGCGAUGCUGCCCCCUCCAGGCCCGGGCAUUGCUGCACGCCGCCGUGCAGCUGCUGGCUCCUGUGGGCCUUCCCCACCCGGCACAGGGUCCCAGGAGCCUCGUUCCUUCUCCUCCUUCUCCAGGGAUAUUUGCCUUCAAGUGCUCCCGGGCUGAGGAAAUCUUCAACCUCCUUCAGGACCUGAUGCAGUGCAACAGCAUCAACGUGAUGGAAGAGCCGGUGAUCAGCACCCGCAACAGCCACCCCACGGAGCUCGACCUCCCGCGGGGCCCCCAGCCGCCCAGUGCUCUAGGCUACACCGUCUCCAGCUUCUCCAACGGCUUCCCUGGCUGCCCUGGGGAGGGCCCACGCUUCUCAGCAACCCCGCGGCCUUCAGCCAGCAGCCUGCGACACCCCUCGCUCGGAGAGGAGUCCACACACACCCUCAUCGCCCCCGACGAGCAGUCCCACACCUACGUCAACACCCCGGCCGGCGAGGAGGACCAGCCCAGGAGCCGGCACUGCCUGCAGCCCCUGCCUGAGGGCCGGCUCCCCUUCCCCGCCCAGGCCCCCGGCCCCGACCAGCGGGAUCCGCAGGUGUUCCUGCAGCCGGGCCAGGUGAAGUUUGUGCUGGGCCCAACCCCCGCUCGGCGGCACGUGAUGAAGUGCCAGGGCCUCUGCCCGAGCCUGCGCGACCCCCCCCACCACAACAACAACGAAAGCCCCUCAGAGUGCCCUGCCCAGCCCAAGUGCACCUACGAGAAUGUCGGCGGGGGGCUGCGGCGGGGGGCUGGCUGGAGACUGAGCCCAGAGGAGCCGGGCUGGAACGGCCUGGCCCAGCGCCGGGCCGCCCUGCUGCACUACGAGAACCUGCCCGCCCUGCCCCCAGUGUGGGAGAGCCAUGCGCAGCAGCUUGGGGGGGAGGCCGGGGAUGACGGGGACUCGAGGGACGGGCUCACGCCCUCCUCCAAUGGCUUCCCCGACGGCGAGGAGGACGAGACCCCCCUGCAGAAGCCCACCAGCACCCGGGCCGCCAUCCGCAGCCACGGCAGCUUCCCUGUGCCACUGACCCGCCGCCGCGGCUCCCCGAGGGUCUUCAACUUUGAUUUCCGCCGGCCGGGCCCGGAGCCCCCAAGGCAGCUCAACUACAUCCAGGUGGAGCUGAAGGGCUGGGGUGGGGACCGCCCCAAGGGGCCCCAGAACCCCUCGGUCCCUCAGUCCCCCCUGCCCACCACACACCCUGCCCGCAGCUCAGACUCCUACGCCGUGAUUGACCUCAAGAAGACGGCGGCCAUGUCCAGCCUGCAGAGGGCUCUGCCCCGGGACGACGGCACGGCCAGGAAGACCAGACACAACAGCACCGACCUGCCUCUGUAGGGACGGCCCGGCCCCCACCUCACGCCCCCGCCCCGGGGCUGCGGGGCCGCUUUGCAGGAGGCCUCGAGGUGGGACCAGAUGCUUCCCAGCUGCCUGGAGCCCCCAAAGAUGUCAGCCACUGCGUCUCCUGGCCUCCACGCUGGAGAGAGGAGGGGUGACCGGGCGAGGAGGGCGCCUCGCCGUAAACUGUGAAGGGUCCCCUUGAUCGCGUUCACCCCCCGCCCGUGUCCAUUUGUCUCGUCCGUCUGCUGUCCGUGUGAGUUUUUUGGUUGGAACUUCGAAACAUUUUGUACCUGUUGAUUUUAUUUAUCAGUUUAUUUUUCUAUUUAUUGUUUUAAAUGUAAUUUAACAUAUUUAUUAUUAAUAUAAUUAUUUUUAAA